ACGUGUGUGCUGUCGACCAAAGACGGGAGUAAGGAGACAUCGAUUCAACAGUCAACACUCUGCAGAUUCAUAUUUAUUGGGGUAACUCACAAGUCUGGCACAGGCAGGCUAGCCCUGAAUCGUGUGUCUUCUCGUCAUGUAAGCUGGUCAUAUUGGGCAUCGGUGCCAUACUACCGUUUCAUACAGUGCACACCUCGAUCACCAUGCCGAAACGAAAAAGAGAAAGCAUGGCAGCGAGCACACAUCCAUCGGAGGGUAAUAGAGCUCAAAAUCAAGACUCUAUUGAUCCGGCUGAGGCUGCGAAUCUUGAAACACCGGCUCUCCAGGAGGUUGCACCCGGUGGCGAUGGCGUGGAUGCACAUGCUUCAGACGAUACCUCCGAUUCCAGUGAUGGAGUUGAUGAUGAUGGCGGAGCUAAAUCGGCACCUAAAAGAGGACGGGGACGCCCUAAAGGGAGUAAAAACAAGAGAAUGGCCACACCUCCGAGAGAUCUACCACCGUACGAGCUUUUCUUCCACUACACGAAGGGCGCCGGCCCCAGCACUUCCAACAACACCUUCCCAAGCCAACGUCUGCUCAACCACGAGGAGUUCUUAGCGUGGCGGCGAGAUCAGAAAAGCGAUUCCCAUGGCGAGGAGAAAACCUUCCUUCUCGAGUUACACAAACGCAACUUCGCCCAGUGGGAUUUGGAGUUGCGGUCGGGAUACAACAUCUGUUUAUACGGCUUCGGGUCGAAGCGACAGGUGACGCGGAAUUUUGCAGCCAGGCUCUGGCGCUCCCGUGGAUCCAGCCCGAAGAUUGUUAUGGUGAAUGGGUACGAUCCGGACCUCAAUGUCAAUGAUGUUCUGGGUCAGAUUGCGACCAUUCUGUUUCCUGCGAAUCUCAAACUGCCCACGCAACCGGUAGCUCUCGUUUCGGCCAUACUCGAAGCCCUGGGCACGCAAUUAUCCCACGGCAAGGCCUCGUUCCCAUACAUCACAUUGAUCAUUAAUUCAUUCGAUGCUCGACCUUUACGCUCCCCAAAAGUGCAGAACCUCUUUGGCAUGCUGGCGGCACAUCCUCGGUUCUCUCUCGUUGCAACAUGCGACACCCCUAUGUUUCCUUUACUUUGGGAUCAACGGCUUCGAGAACAGUUCAGGUUCGUGUUCCAUGAUGCCACAACUUUUGCCUCAUUCGAGGCUGAAACGGAUGUCGUCGACAUGGUGAACGGGGCAUUAGGCCGCAUGGGCAAACGCCUGGGAGGGAAGGACGGUGUCAUUUUUGUACUUCGAAGUCUUCCGGGCAAUGCGAGGAGUUUGUUUCGCCUCCUCGUUGCCGAGCAAUUGGCAGCCUCGAUCGAUCUCGAAGAUACCAUUGCAGGCGCUGAAGAGGAUGAAGAUGACAUCAUGGAUGGUGACAAGCGUGGCAAAGCCGCAGGAGAGGAUGAAGGGGUUGAUUUCCGGCUGCUGUACCAGAAGGCUGCUGAAGAGCUCAUCUGUACAAACGAGCAUCAGUAUCGAACAUUGCUCAAGGAAUUUUUCGAUCAUCAAAUCAUUGAGAGCAAGCGAGAUGCGACGGGAUCAGAGAGGCUCAUUGUGCCCUUCAGGAAAGAGGAGUUAGAAGCGUUACUAGAAGAGCUGGUUGGUGAAUUCGCCACGUAAAGAAACUUUGUCUAUGCAACCCGUCUAAUGAUAUUGUUCCGCUUCAUUUGCCAAUUACAGGUUUCUGACAGACCGAGCCGUUUGACGUUCGCAACGGCAGAGAGUUAAUCAUAACUGGGGUUCCCGGAACUCUGCGAAGGAAGCUAGUAAGAAAGUCGUACUAAAGGAGAGUUUAAAGGCCGGAUUUUCGUGAAACACUG